AUGUGGAGUCACGUUACUUUACCUACUUCAGAGGGAGGGUUCAACAUUAGAAGAGUUAAUGAUAUAAAUGCAGCUACAAAAAUUUCUAUCUGCUGGGAUUUUGUUCAGAAAAAAUACAAACUUUGGAUCAAGUGGUUACAUGCAGUUUAUUUACAGAGAGUUUCUUUCUGGAAUGUGGUUCAUAAGGGUGAUGAUUCAGCUAUUUGGAAGCAAUUGAUUGGUGUUAGGCAGCUAUUGUUAGAUAAUAUUGAGCUCAAAAUAGGUGAUGGCAUGGAUUUUAAUUUGUUAACUGACCCAUGGUGUGAGCAGCAAACAUUAAUUCAGAAAGUUGGGGCUGCUCUUCUUAGACAAGUGGAUAUAAAUCUUAAAGUUGCUGAUAUUAUACAGAAUGGUAAUUGGGCUAUUCCUGAUUUUUUGCUUGAAGAAGCUGUUAUAGACAUACUUAGAGUUGAGAUUAAUUCUGGAAAGGAUGUUAUUGUGUAG